AUGCCUUCGCGAAAGCCCAGCAAGUUUGGGAAUAAAUACCGAUCUGGCGCUUCAUCCUCCAAUCCAAGACGAACAAAAACCGUCGAGUUCUCCUCUCUACGCUCCACAGAAGCCACCUCUCAAGAUGAGAAAUUCGAAGCCGUUCGACUGGCCAACAGCAUCGAUGAGUCCCUCGGGUUUCCGCGAUUCGAGUCCGGCGAGACAAAGGCCGGAUGGCUUAUUAAUAUGCAUAGUACGACAAUAGAGGAUCCAAAUGUGCAAGGUGGUCGCGCUGGUGUGGAUUACUAUUUUUUGCAGGACGAUGGUGGCAGCUUCAAAGCGACAGUCGAAUACGACCCAUACUUCCUCAUUGCGGUUAAGAAGGGCCAUGAGAUGGAUGUCGAGGAAUGGUGCCGACGAAGUUUCGAAGGGCUGAUCAAGAGCUUCAAGCAAGUGGAGAAAGAGGACUUGAACCUGCCGAACCAUUUGCUCGGUCACCGAAGGAAAUUCCUCAGAUUAAAUUUCGCCAAUGUCGGCAAUCUUCUCGAGGUUCGCAGAACGCUGCUACCCUUGGCAGAAAAGAAUAAGAAAAAUGCCGGUGUGAUGGAUGCAUAUGUGGAGAUGACCACUGCGACGGCUGGCUUUGAUCUGUACGAUGACGAAGAUACUAAUGAGCAACGACCUAAUGGAAAUGUACAAGCGAGCGAUUAUAUUGUUGAUAUUCGAGAGUACGAUGUCCCGUAUCAUGUCCGAGUAUCAAUUGACAAGGAUAUCCGGAUCGGAAAGUGGUACAAUGUCGAGGCAAAGCAUGGGGUAGUUUCUCUCACCUGCUUAGAAGAUCGACUUACACGCGCGGAUCCCGUUGUUCUUGCCUUCGAUAUCGAGACGACGAAGCUCCCUCUCAAGUUCCCCGAUGCUGUCAUCGACCAGAUCAUGAUGAUAUCGUACAUGAUUGAUGGGCAGGGAUUCCUGAUCACCAACCGAGAGAUUGUUUCUGAAGACAUCAGCGAUUUCGAGUACACCCCAAAACCAGAAUACGCUGGACCUUUCAUAAUUUUUAAUGAACCGGAUGAGCGAGGGGUGCUGGAGAGGUUCUUUGAGCAUAUCAAAAUCGCCAAACCCACAGUCAUCGCCACUUACAACGGUGACUUUUUCGAUUGGCCUUUCGUGGAAGCAAGAGCAAGUGUGCAGGGAAUCGACAUGUACACCGAAAUUGGCUUCAGAAAGAACAGCGAAGAUAUCUACCAAGCAGACCAUUGUGUGCAUAUGGAUUGCUUUGCGUGGGUCAACCGUGAUAGUUACCUGCCCCAAGGUAGUCGUGGUCUGAAGGCCGUUACCGUCGCGAAGCUUGGCUACGACCCCGACGAACUUGACCCCGAGUUGAUGACACCGUAUGCGAGCGAACGGCCACAAACUUUGGCCGAAUACUCGGUUUCCGAUGCCGUGGCGACUUAUUACCUCUACAUGAAAUAUGUGCACCCUUUCAUCUUCUCCCUUUGCACCAUCAUUCCUCUCAACCCCGACGAUACCCUGCGGAAGGGAACUGGUACCCUCUGCGAAAUGCUCCUUAUGGUCCAAGCCUACCAAAAUGAGAUUGUUCUACCAAACAAGCACAAAGAUCCACCGGAGGCCUUCUUCGACGGUCAUUUGCUUGAGUCUGAAACUUACGUUGGAGGUCACGUCGAAAGUAUUGAGGCCGGUGUUUUCCGAAGCGACAUCCCCGUGGCUUUCAACGUCGACCCGGCUGCAAUUGAUGAGCUCAUUCAUGACUUGGACCACGCCCUCAAAUUCAGCAUCGAGGUCGAAGAGAAGAAAUCGAUGAAUGACAUCACAAAUUUUGAUGAAGUGAAAGCCCAAAUCACCGAGCAACUUCUUGAUCUGAGGAAUAAUCCCAGCAGAAACGAGGUUCCUUUCAUCUAUCACUUGGACGUUGCCUCGAUGUAUCCCAACAUCAUGAUUACCAAUCGAUUACAGCCAGAUUCGAUGAUCGACGAAUCAAAUUGCGCAGCCUGUGAUUUCAACCGACCAGGAAAGACCUGUGACAGGCGAAUGCCGUGGGCCUGGCGAGGUGAAUUCUUGCCGGCAAAGCGCGAUGAAUACAACAUGAUUCGACGUGCCACUGCCAACGAGCGAUUUCCCGGUCGACACAAGAGUGCUCCCAUGAGAUCAUUCGACGAACUUAGCAUUGAGGAACAAGCUGCGGUGGUGAAGAAACGUCUUCAGGAUUACAGCAAGAAGAUCUACCACAAAAUUCAUGACAGCAAGACCACUGUUCGCGAAGCGAUUAUCUGCCAAAGAGAAAACCCGUUCUAUGUCGACACUGUGCGAAGUUUCCGCGAUCGUCGUUAUGAUUUCAAGGGAAAACAAAAGGUUUGGAAAAACAAGACGGAUUCACUUCAGUCGUCCGGCGCAUCUGCCGCUGAGAUCGAAGAAGCCAAGAAGAUGAUUGUUUUGUUCGAUUCUCUUCAACUGGCGCACAAGGUCAUUCUGAACAGUUUCUAUGGGUAUGUCAUGCGUAAGGGUUCUCGAUGGUAUUCGAUGGAGAUGGCUGGUGUCACUUGUCUCACUGGUGCUCAUAUCAUUCAAAUGGCCCGAGAGCUUGUCGAAAGGAUAGGCCGACCGCUUGAGCUCGACACCGAUGGCAUUUGGUGUAUGCUUCCUGGCACAUUCCCCGAGAAUUUCGCCUUCACCAUGAAGAACGGGAAAAAAGUGGGCAUCUCAUAUCCCUGUGUUAUGCUUAAUCACCUCGUCCACGCGAGGUACACAAACCACCAGUAUCAAGCACUUACCGACCCAUCUACCUUCAAGUACGAAACUUACAGCGAGAACUCUAUCUUCUUCGAAGUCGACGGACCAUACCGGGCGAUGAUUUUGCCUACUUCGAAGGAGGAGGACAAGAACUUGAAGAAGCGGUACGCCGUUUUCAAUCAUGAUGGCUCGCUUGCUGAAUUGAAGGGAUUCGAGGUCAAGCGCAGAGGAGAGCUGAAACUGAUUAAGAUCUUCCAGACUCAGAUCUUCAAAUUCUUCUUGGAGGGAAGUAACCUUGCCGAGACCUACGCUGCCGUUGCUCGAGUUGCAGACCGGUGGUUGGAUGUUCUCUACGAGAAAGGAUCGACUUUGGCUGACGAGGAGUUGAUUGAUCUUAUUUCGGAGAAUCGAAGCAUGACCAAGACCCUCGAAGAAUAUGGAAACCAAAAAUCAACUUCCAUUACAACAGCGAAGCGUCUGGCUGAAUUCCUUGGUGAACAGAUGGUCAAAGACAAAGGAUUGAACUGCAAGUACAUUAUCUCUUCGCGACCUCGAAACACCCCUGUCACCGAAAGAGCCAUUCCAGUCACUAUCUUCUCUGCCGAAGAAAACGUCAAGCGGUUCUUUCUUCGCAAAUGGCUUAAAGAGGACCCGGGAGACAUGGAUCCUCGAACGGUGAUUGAUUGGGAUUACUACAUCGAACGUCUGGGGUCUGUGGUUCAAAAGCUCAUCACCAUUCCGGCCGCUCUACAGAAGCUCCGAAACCCAGUUCCCCGUAUUGCUCAUCCUGACUGGUUGCAACGUCGAAUCGCCCAGAAGGAGGACAAAUUCAAGCAAAAGAAGAUGACUGAUAUGUUCGGCAAAUCCGAUAAAGCACCACUGUCUUCCAUAUCCACCAAUAUUCUUGAUCACCGCGUCCAACAUGCUGGUGAUAUGGACGAGGUGAUUGCUAAUUCGACCCAGCUGAAGAUCAAAUCACCGGAGGGCAAGUUGUCUCGGAAGCGCCAGCAUCCAGAAGGUCAUUCCAAUACCGCCUUGGAUCCCUUUGCCAGCCUUCCUGCCACCAUGCCAUCAAUCACUGAAGACUACGUGGGCUUCCUGAAAUACCAAAAACAAAAAUGGAAGAUCCAGAAACAAGCGCGAAUUCGCCGCAGGCAGUUGUUCGGUGAUCGCCCCAAUACUACUUCUGACGGACUGGGCAGCUUUUUCCGCAACAAAGCUCAAAUGUUGUACAUUAGUACUUGGCAAGUCUUGCAGCUGUGCGAAACAGGCCGGCCGGGCAUUGUCCGUGCUUUUGUGCUCAUUGACCAAAAAAUUCAUGCUCUCAGUGUCAAAGUUCCCCGUCAGUUCUUCGUCAAUCUUAAGAGAGAAUCGUUACCGGAUAUCGAGGUACCAGAUUGUGAGGUAGAAAAGGUUAACCAUACUCUACCAAAUGGCCAUCCUUCGGUUCAUCUUUUCAGGGUUUCAUUGUCUGAAGACACGUUUCUCGAAGAAGCUGACAAGAUGGACGCUCUGUUCCAGCACCCCAGUAUAGAGGGUGUGUACGAACGACACGUUUCCCCCAGUGUCCGGGCUGUGCUCAAAUUGGGAAGCCAUUGUACUUUUGACGAAGAGCAACGGGGUGUACUGGGCGAUGGAUUGGACAAGGGCUUUGACCUUUCGAACCUACUGCACACUUCCUCCGAUACGCCUUAUCUCUUGGACUCUCCUUUAGCCUACCACUACCUCUACCAUGUGUCAUCUGGCGAUCGCCAGAUAUUUGCACUUUUCUCAACGACCAAGAAAGAAGCACACAUCGUCAUUCUGAAUCGCACGAGAGAUGUCCAGGGACUACCAAACGUCGACAAAAUCUACUCGGAACUUCUUACGAGGAAGCUGCAAGAUGGUUCCAGUGACGAAGUGCAGAAUGCAUUCCAAUACCAGGAUAAGAUCCACUUCAAGACUACGCAGGUGAUGACAAGACGGAAGGCUCACCUUGAAGUUGGCGACUUGGUGCGUAAACUCCGAAACGAUGAGAGCCAGCCGGCUGUACUGGUAAUUCAAUCUCAGCAAAAAGACCGUCUUUGCCAUGACAUCCCCAUUCUGAAAGAGUACCCGACCCUUUCCGUAAAACCGGAAGUUUCUGACAUGGAACUGCCUCCUCUUGGCUGGCAGGCGUUCAUUUCAAGGCGGAUUGUCACGCACUAUCUGUACCUGUCGGCUUGGAUUCAGCACCUGACGCUGCUCGCACGGUACGGAGAUGUCCCGCUCUGCAAUCUUGAGACCGAUGACCCUCGAUACCUCAUCGAUAUCUCAUAUGCUCGGCGAUUGCAAAAGAGUAAUGUUGUGUUGUGGUGGUCGAACGGGCCGCGACCUGACCACGCCGGCUAUGAGAAGGACGACAUCGUUGGGCCGCUCGAGAAGGUUAACAUGCCAUCGGUAAAUAUGCCGAAUGCAUAUUCAACCGUCUGUAUUGAAUUGGAUGUUCGGAACCUUGCCAUCAACACCAUUCUUACUUCAUCUAUUGUCAGUGACAUGGAUGGAGGCGACACUCUCCUCGCUGGGAAUGGUACCGAGGACAACGGGAUCUUAUAUUCUGAAAAGGCGUUCGCAUCUGCGGGUGCCGUUGUACUUCGAGAGAUGGUCAAACACUGGUGGACUGAAGCAUGCGCCGGUAAUAGCAUGGCCGAUAUCAUGGUGCAACACUUAAUUCGAUGGGUUGAGAGCCCAGUUUCAUGUCUCUAUGAUCGGUCUCUGCACAACUACGUGCGCCUGCUGUCACGCAAAUCCUUCCAACGACUGAUGGGUGAAUUCCGACGAGUUGGCUCCAACGUCGUCUUCGCUAGUUCGACUCGUCUCCUGCUUCAGACCACGAAGACUGAGGUGGGUAACGCAUAUGCCUACAGUCAAUAUGUCUUGAAAUCCAUUCGGGCGAAUCCAUCCUUCCACUUCGUCGAUCUGGAGAUCAAGGAAUACUGGGACUACCUUGUUUGGUAUGAUGAGUACAACUACGGCGGCAAGGGCUGUCGCGAGGUGGUAGAGGCAGAACAGCAAGACCUCGAGACCGUCAUGCACUGGCAACUCAAUAGGUUCCUCCCGACGCCCAUGCAGAACAUCUUCAACGACUGGACUGUCGAGUUCAUUGAACUGAUGCACAACUUGAAACGACCAGAUCUCCAGAACGGUAACAUGUCUUCAACGCCCCGUAUGACGCAGAUCCCCAUUGGACAGCCAGGCGAUAAGGAAAGUGAAGAAAUUUCGGCCAUUCUUGCCGAGAAGUUCUCGAAGCCUCUUAAGAAGCAAAUCUUGGGCUUAAUCCGCCGCCAGCGGGACGAGCUACUCCAUCCAGAACUCGCAUCUGACUACGCCUUCCCCGUCCUGACCUGUCUGUCCAAGACUAUCUCAUUGGAGUCACGACUGUUGCGACGUGAACUGCUCGCUCUCUUUGAAGUUCGCGAGUUCAGCAAAGAAGGUCGAUUCGAAAACCCCAGCACCAAUUUCAAAUUGACAGAGCUGACCUGCAACGCUUGCUGUCUCAUUCGAGAUCUUGAUCUAUGCCGCGAUGAGGAUGUGCUGCCGGACCCUGGGGCCGAAGCCAGCAAAACCCCCAAGCCUUGGCGUUGUCCCUUCUGUCAGACGGAAUACGAUCGACUUGCUCAAGAGGAAGUCAUGAUUGGCCAAGUCCAUGGUCUCGUGGUUGAGUGGCAGACACAAGAUCUGAAGUGCGCCAAGUGCAGCAACCUCAAAGUGAGCGAGUUCAUGGAGCACUGCUCAUGUAGUGGCACGUGGGCACCUACUAUUGAUCUCAAGGAGACGGAGAAGAAACUCCAGGUGAUGCAGAGCGUCGCCAAGUUCCAUAGUCUUCAAUUGCUCGAAGGUGAGGUGGACAGCAUCCUAGCUCGCAUGUAG